AUUCUUUCUGGCUCUCUAGUUAGCUGAACGUGUAGCUAGUUUACAGCUAACGGGUUAUAGCCAACUACUUAACGCUACCGUUAUUUGUUAAGCUUGGAGUUAACAUAGUUUUACUGCUCUAGGGGAAGCACAAUUAUAAUUUAUUAGAAGUUCUAUAAUUUUCUCUUGACAUAGUUGUCACAUUCACGAUUAAUUUAUGUAGCGUCAUUAGUAUAACACUCGGUAAAAGGAAUGAAUAUCAUAGCGGUUACUUGCUAGCAUAGCUAACGCUAACACAACUUUGGCUAAUAACGUUAGCUAGCUAGCUAGCUAGCUUGUCUGGCUGGCUUUGGGAAGCACAGUUGUGUACGGUGGUCAUCUCUAAUGAGCAGGUAACAACAGACAAGUUACCUUCGGAUUUCGUUGUUUUAGGCUAAGUCACCCGAAAAUAGAGAUGAGCUGUCAGGGUGAUCACACCCCUCCAACGAGGGUGUUGGUGACAGGAGGAUCCGGCUUGGUGGGCAGGGCUAUACAGCAUGUGGUCAAAGAGGAGGGGGGAGCCAAGGAAGGGGAAGAAUGGAUAUUUCUCUCCUCCAAAGAUGCCAACCUCACGAACAUGGAGGAGACACGGGCAGUGUUUGAAAAAUAUCGGCCGACCCACGUCAUUCACCUGGCUGCUAUGGUGGGGGGGCUUUUCAAGAACAUGAAGUAUAACCUGGACUUUUGGAGAAACAAUGUCUACAUCAACGAUAACGUGCUGCAGGCAGCACAUGAAGUUGGCGCCGUCAAGGUUGUUUCUUGCUUGUCCACCUGCAUCUUUCCGGAUAAAACCACCUACCCUAUUGAUGAGACCAUGAUCCACAAUGGUCCACCUCAUGAGUCGAACUUUGGCUAUGCCUAUGCAAAGAGAAUGAUUGAUGUUCAUAACAGGGCGUAUUUCCAGCAGCAUGGGAGUUGCUAUACAGCUGUGAUUCCCACUAAUGUGUUUGGUCCCCAUGACAACUUCAGCAUUGAGGACGGUCAUGUGCUGCCAGGCCUAAUUCACAAAGCUUACAUUGCUCAAAAGGAGGGAAAUCCCUUGGUGGUCUGGGGCUCCGGCACUCCCAGAAGACAGUUCAUCUACUCUUUGGACCUGGCUCGUCUCUUCCUGUGGGUCUUGAGAGACUAUUCAGAGGUUGAUCCAAUCAUUCUCUCUGUUGGAGAGGAGGAUGAAGUGUCCAUCAAAGAAGCUGCAGAAGCAGUUGUGCAAGCACUGGACUUUAAAGGGGAAGUGGUGUUUGAUACCGGUAAAGCAGACGGCCAGUUCAAAAAGACAGCCAGCAAUGCAAAGCUGCAUCGCUACCUGCCAGACUUCACCUUCACACCCUUCAAAAAAGCUUUAAAGGAAACCUGUGAUUGGUUUGUUGCCAACUAUGACACAGCCAGGAAGUGAACGCUCUGCCAAUCAAUUUGGUACAAAGUCUGGUGACCUAUGACCCGCUCUGUUGGAAGAGGGG